GGAGCAGGACGCGCCGGGGCCGCCUCCUCCCGCACGGACCCAUGAACCAGCCGGGCGGCGCGGCGGCUCCGCAGGCUGACGGAGCCAGUGCAGCCGGAAGGAAAAGCACUGCCAGCAGGGAGCGCUUGAAGCGCAGCCAGAAGAGCACCAAGGUGGAGGGCCCAGAGCCAGCGCCAGCUGAGGCCUCGCUGAGUGCCGAACAGGGUACGAUGACGGAGGUGAAGGUCAAGACAGAGCUGCCCGAUGACUACAUCCAGGAGGUGAUCUGGCAGGGUGAGGCCAAGGAGGAGAAGAAGGUGGUCAGCAAGGACGGGACAGGCGACGUGCCUGCAGAGAUCUGCGUGGUGAUUGGCGGUGUCCGCAACCAGCAGACCCUUGGGUCCUACGAGUGUGGGAUCUGUGGCAAGAAGUACAAGUAUUACAACUGCUUCCAGACCCACGUGCGGGCGCACCGAGACACCGAAGCCACCUCAGGGGAGGGAGCCUCCCAAAGCAACAACUUCAGGUACACGUGUGACAUCUGCGGGAAGAAGUACAAGUACUACAGCUGCUUCCAGGAGCACCGGGACCUGCACGCCGUGGACGUGUUCAGUGUGGAAGGGGCCCCCGAGAAUCGGGCAGACCCCUUCGACCAAGGUGUUGUGGCCACUGAUGAAGUGAAGGAGGAGCCCCCAGAGCCAUUCCAGAAAAUUGGGCCAAUGAACAAUAUUACAUCAGACAUUUUUAAGAAGAAAGAAGUUAGGCAAAGCCAAAAGAGAGAAACUGGGAAUUACACCUGCGAAUUCUGCGGGAAGCAGUACAAAUACUACACACCCUACCAGGAGCACGUGGCCUUACACGCCCCCAUCAGUGCCGCCCCUGGGUGGGAGCCGCCGGACGAUCCAGACACGGGCUCUGAGUGUUCACAUCCAGAGGUCACCCCGUCUCCACGCUUCGUGGCAGCGAAGACCCAGACGAACCAGUCGGGGAAAAAAGCGCCGGCCUCCGUGGUCCGCUGUGCCACCCUCUUGCACCGCACCCCUCCAGCAGCCCAAACCCAGACGUUCCGCACUCCAAAUUCGGGAUCUCCAGCAAGCAAGGCGACCGCAGCAGAAAGCGCCUUUAGUCGGAGAGUAGAAAGCAAAGCACAAAACCACUUUGAAGAGACCAACAGCAGUUCACAGAACUCCAGCGAGCCCUACACCUGCGGAGCCUGCGGGAUCCAGUUCCAGUUCUACAACAACCUGCUGGAGCACAUGCAGUCCCACGCAGCUGACAACGAAAACAACAUCGCCUCCAACCAGUCCCGGUCUCCACCUGCCAUAGUGGAAGAGAAGUGGAAGCCCCAGGCCCAGAGGAACAGCGCCAAUAACACCACAACCAGUGGGUUAACCUCCAACAGCAUGAUCCCAGAGAAGGAGCGGCAGAACAUCGCCGAGCGGCUGCUGCGGGUCAUGUGCGCCGACCUGGGUGCGCUGAGUGUGGUCAGCGGGAAGGAGUUCCUCAAGCUGGCCCAGACCUUGGUGGACAGCGGCGCCCGCUACGGGGCCUUCUCGGUCACCGAGAUUCUGGGCAACUUCAACACGCUGGCCCUCAAGCACCUGCCUCGUAUGUACAACCAGGUGAAGGUCAAGGUGACAUGCGCCUUGGGCAGCAAUGCCUGCCUGGGCAUCGGUGUCACCUGCCACUCUCAGAGCGUGGGCCCCGACUCCUGCUACAUCCUCACAGCCUACCAGGCCGAGGGCAACCACAUCAAGAGCUACGUGCUGGGCGUGAAGGGCGCAGACAUUCGUGACAGCGGUGACCUGGUGCACCACUGGGUACAGAACGUGCUCUCAGAGUUUGUGAUGUCGGAGAUCAGGACAGUUUACGUGACAGAUUGCCGGGUGAGCGCGUCCGCCUUCUCCAAGGCUGGCAUGUGCCUCCGCUGCUCAGCCUGUGCCUUGAACUCGGUGGUGCAGAGCGUGCUGAGCAAGCGGACGCUGCAGGCCCGCAGCAUGCACGAGGUCAUCGAGCUGCUCAACGUGUGCGAGGACCUGGCGGGCUCCACGGGCCUCGCCAAGGAGACCUUCGGGUCGCUGGAGGAGACCUCGCCACCGCCCUGCUGGAACUCCGUCACGGACUCGCUGCUUCUGGUGCACGAGCGCUACGAGCAGAUCUGCGAGUUCUACAGCCGGGCCAAGAAGAUGAACCUCAUCCAGAGCCUCAACAAGCACCUGCUCAGCAACCUGGCCGCCAUCCUGACGCCCGUGAAGCAGGCGGUGAUCGAGCUGAGCAACGAGAGCCAGCCCACCYUGCAGCUGGUGCUGCCCACCUAUGUCAGGCUGGAGAAGCUGUUCACGGCCAAGGCCAACGACGCGGGCACCGUCAGCAAGCUGUGCCACCUCUUCCUGGAGGCGCUCAAGGAGAACUUCAAAGUGCACCCGGCCCACAAGGUGGCCAUGAUCCUGGACCCGCAGCAGAAGCUGCGGCCCGUGCCGCCCUACCAGCACGAGGAGAUCAUCGGCAAGGUCUGCGAGCUCAUCAACGAGGUGAAGGAGUCCUGGGCCGAGGAGGCCGACUUCGAGCCCGCUGCUAAGAAGCCCCGCUCCGCAGCUGGCGAGCACCCCACRGCUCAGGAGGAUGACCGGCUGGGGAAGAGCGAGGUGUACGACUACCUGCAGGAGCCCCUCUUCCAGGCCACCCCUGACCUCUUCCAGUACUGGUCUUGCGUGACCCAAAAGCACACAAAACUCGCCAAGCUUGCCUUCUGGCUCCUGGCGGUCCCAGCCGUGGGGGCCAGAAGUGGGUGUGUAAAUAUGUGUGAGCAGGCCCUCCUGAUCAAAAGGAGGCGGCUGCUCAGCCCGGAAGACAUGAACAAACUCAUGUUUCUGAAAUCCAACAUGCUUUAAGACUCCGGAACAAAGAAAAAGAGAAGAAAACA